AUGGAUGAUUGUGUGGCAGAAGGCGAGUGUGAAAUUACGGAGAGGCGGGCCGUACAGAGUGCUGUAGUGCUAGCAAGGUUGUUUGAGUCUUUGGGGAGUCUGGGUGUGGAGUGCGAUGUGAGCAAUGCCUUGUCGCACUUGAGGUCCACAAAACGAGCUUUUCUAGAAGCUAGGCAUGAGAGACAGGGUCAGGCAACAACAGCAGACUCUAAUAACAGAGUUCUGGCCGGGUAGUGAUUCUGCUUUCUGAUAGUGCCGCUUCGAAUUAGUGCCAUAUUAUUAGUCCCUACACAGGGCGGCACUAAUGCGUAGGGUCGACUGUACCCUUAUUCCGAAUAAAGCGAAAACGGUUCUGCCAUGAAAAUUUUACUUCUCCCUGCACUUCCUGAACCGAAGAAGGUCUACAUAUUGAAACCGAACGGUGCCUGCAUGCUUUUGCCCUCGAAGACGACAUCUCAAAAAACUUUCACCAUGUUUGCUGGGUUAGCUCUGAGUUCGUACCUUGCUUUUCUUGUCACGUUCGCUUCUGGUAUUCCUCUGAGCACGAAAAGCAACUACGGCGUGGUAAGGCACACUGGAUCACUGGACUAACUCGUGUUUCAAUGCGCAUCGUCAUCACAGAAUUCAGAUCUGACCAAGAGUGAAAGUGGAGUCGUUUUCACAGGCUGUUCAAACCCUAUUCAAACAAGAAUAAGGCAAAAGCGCACCGGCACCCAAACCCAUAGACUCGGCGCCCACUGGCCCCCCUCCAAGUACGGACGAUUCUGGAUUAGUUGUGGCUGCACCUAAACCUUGUUCGGUUCGGAGGGAGGUAUUUCUGCUCGAUGAUUCAGCGCACAUCACUAUGUCGAGAGAAGCGACUGCGGCUGAAAAGCGCCUCCAAGAUAUCGCACAUCGAGCUACACCUGGAAGUAUGCGAUUCAGGUCGCAUUCAAGCAUGACUCGAAAUUUUGUCGUAGGCGAAUGGAUAGUAAAUACCAAGCAAUCCAACUGCGUCCCUUCAGAAUAUUACGAUUACUGCAAAUGCGUUCAUGUUUUUUGUCCUCGUAAGCACUACCCUUCUCACUGGCUCAAUGUGGGACGCAUAAGAAGUUAUGAUAAAUAUGCGAAUGCAGUGCGUAUUCGAAGAAAAUUGCCUUUAUUUGGUCGGGAGAAUUGGUCUCCAAAGUGUGCCGGGGUCAAAGUGGGACGACGAGAAAUUUCAUGUCUUGCACGUUUCAUCUGUAAUGGGAGAGAACCAACAAAGCCGACGCUGCCGUGUGCUUGCGGGUCCUCAACAACUCGCCUUCCUCAACCUGCAUCCGCUGUUUUCGGGCUCUUGGCCAUUGCGAAAUUGGCAAGUCGUCGCAAACUAUGUCUUCGAGAGGCGACACCGCAGACUGCGCUUUCAGACGUUUCUGAGAGUCAAUAUUUUUUUUGUUUGCAGUAUCAUUCUCUACAUUAAACUCCUGAAUGUGAUAAA